AUGUCAUCCAAACUCGCAUUCUCUUCCAUAGCUUCAUGCGCCGCCAGAGUUCGUAACGCAUCGCCGCUGCGUGCUGCUCAUCCCGCCCUCCUCGGCGUCUCAGCGCCUCAGUGCCGCGGGGAGCACAUGUCUCACAUCCGUCAUCUGGCGGCCUCGGGCGAUCUUCAGACCGCUGUCAAGCAAGAGGCCAGUACCGCAGACGACGAACCAGACAAAGUCGACGCUGCCUCUCAGCCUACGCGACCGGUGGAAGAGGAAAAGGAAAGAUACACCAUGGAUCCGGAGGGUACAGUGCCUGACGGGGAUCCCUCUUCCUCCAAUACCGACACGUCGAAACGCGGCCGCCCACGCAAACCGCACAGCGGUCAAUUCGUACGCGGGCCCGUCUCUGUUUUACCGUCCGUAGACGACGUCCCUGCCGGUCACCCUCCCAAUACAGCGUUCUCUUAA